CCCUGAAACUACACCCUUUAUUAAUACUGAAGAGCUCAUUUACAGAAACGCUCCACCGUCCUAAAUCAUAACCGUCAAUCAAAAUAUGGGGUCCGCUAAAACUGACAUAGACGGUCAGGAUGCGACUGCCACUCCUUGAUUCUAAACCAACACUCAACCGCACCACCAUUAAUAUGGCUUUCUGACUAGACAAGUGUCGUAAAGCUUCACGCCUUUACUAGUUAUUUCUAAACAUCAAGAGUGCAGUCUUCAUUUCACAAACCAAAUUCGAAUACGCGAUGAUGAAGAAAAUGAGAGUGCAGAGAAGUGGUUUUGUUUUCAGUUUGUUCGUUUGUUUGUUUAUUUGUGGUUCAGUUGUGACUGUGAGUGGUGCUGAUACCACAGCGGAGGAGUGUAACGAUGUGUUUCAGAAGAUGAUGAUAUGUCUGGAUUUUGCAAAAGGGAAGAGCCCAACACCGUCCAAGGAGUGUUGCACCUCCAUAAAAGAUAUAAAAGAUAGCAAACCCAAGUGUCUGUGUUAUGUCAUUCAACAAAGUGAAAGCGGAACUGACACGCUUAAGAGCUUGGGCGUGCAGGAGGCUAAGUUGCUUCAGCUUCCCACUGCUUGUCAAAUACAAAAUGCUAGCAUCAGUAACUGCCCCAAGCUUUUAGGUCUGUCUCCUAGCUCUCCAGAUGCUGCUAUCUUCACAAAUGCUUCCACAACAGCAACUCCCUCUACGACAACAGGGACAUCGUCGCCAGACAAAGCUGAUUCUACCUCAAAUGGACCCAAACAUGGGCCAUAUCUUGUUGGGCCAACCUUGGUGGUCGCUAUGGUCGUCUUUUCUCUUGUAUUAGCCACUGGGUCUGACUCUUUGUUUAAUAAAUAGGGUUAAAUAUUUGCCUCACGGGCCUGUCAAGACUCUUAGUGUGUUAUUUGCUUUCAUGUUUUCUUCACUCAGGACAUCAAGGUUUAAUGCUUUGCAUUCGUCUUUAUAGACUUUUAAAAGA